AUGGUUCCUAUCUAAUCGUCACUAUUCAUGCGAACUGCUGGCAGUAUAGAGACAGACUCAUAGUGAAUACUACUCUAAACCCCAAUACAUACAGUUCUUAGGAACGGGACCGAGCCCGAAUCCCUGGAUCUAAAACAGAACCUUUUCUCGCUUCUACCAAGUUUUGCUAUUCAUAGCGUCGUAUAUAGAAUAUGUUUAGAAGCCUUUGAGGUAGGAAUGCGAGAACUGGGAGUUCUUCAGCAUUCAAAACUUACGUCAUGUUUUCUUGCCGCUAUCGUAGGCCCCUUACGAGCCCGUCUGAUCCUGCUUCCAGGGGAUCGACCAAGGCUACACGUGCGCCCAGACAGGGUUCCGGAGCGGAGAAUAAUCAAUAUCGACAAUACAUACCCUCUCCGUGAACUUACGGAAGUAAGCAACUCGGUGUCAAAAAGCCGUCGAAAGGGUAAAGUUGGGGGCUUAAAAAAAUCUAAAUGGAAAUCUAAAAAAUCCAAAAGCUUCGAGAAGCUAGCUAAUGUUGGAUGGGGAAAUCGGCGCGAGGUAGGGCUCACGCUCACUGCUGCGAACCUUCGGCGCCUACAUGCGGUAGCGCAUAUGUGCCUAGAUGGUAGCGCAUCUGUAGGAUAUAUGAAAUAGCAUCUAGACUUGCAGCAUGUUCUAAUCCCAAGGAGUUUUGAACGUGGCGUGAUCAGGACCACUUGCCACGCUGUGCGGUUGCAUCGUAUGCAGUCACCAUUGCAGCGACUU